CUCUCACAUACUCUUCUCUUAAGCUCUGUGAGACCCAUUUGAGUUCUAGUGUUUGCUUUGAGUCCAAUACCCUCAAACUGAAGCCUUUUUGUUCUGUUUUUCGAGGUUUCAGAACAGAUUGCUCUGUUUCUCCUCUGUUUCUUGUUAACCCAUAUAACUUGUUUUAGCCACCAAAGACAUCCAAGAAUUUUAGAGAUAAUUAGUGAAAUUUCAUUGAAGAAAGAAGAAAAAUGACAAAGCAGAAUGUGCGAGUUUCUGAUGCGAAAUCUGGAAUCAACAUGGCGAUAACGAUGGCUGUGUCAAAAUCGUCGCUUUUCACGACGGCGGCACAGAAGCCGCCGGUGGUGCCGAGUGGGUACAUGAAUAUCACCAUUUCAAGGAGAAAGCUCCUGCAGCUCCAAGACCUUGAUAUCAAUGGAGCCGCCAGAGUCAACGCUUGGGUUGACUUGAUGGAAGCUUCCUCUCCCACCCAUAUCAAAUCCACACCCUCUCUCUCCGUCUCUGAAGAUCAUAGCUCUUGGAUGGAUAACCACCCAUCAGCCCUGGACAUGUUCGAGCAGAUAACAAAUGCUUCCAAAGGGAAGCAAAUUGUGAUGUUCCUCGACUACGAUGGCACACUUUCCCCGAUCGUCGAUGACCCUGAUCGAGCUUUCAUGGAUAACAAGAUGAGAAAAACAGUGAGAAAACUUGCCGGAUAUUUUCCCACUGCUAUAGUGAGUGGAAGGUGCAGAGACAAGGUAUACAACUUUGUAAGAUUAGCAGAGUUGUACUAUGCCGGAAGCCAUGGCAUGGACAUAAAAGGACCAUCAAAAGGUUCCAAAUAUGAGAAAUGUACCCAAGCUGUGCUCUUUCAACCAGCUAGUGAAUUCCUUCCCAUGAUUGAUGAAGUGUACCAAGCUCUAAUAGAGACAACCAAAUCAACUCCAGGUGCUAAGGUGGAGAACAACAAAUUUUGCGUCUCUGUACAUUUCCGUUGUGUUGAUGAAAAGAAAUGGAGUGAACUGGCACAACAAGUAACGUCCGUGCUCAAGGAGUACCCAAAGCUUCGGAUGACGCAAGGGAGGAAGGUGUUAGAGAUUCGUCCUACCAUUAAAUGGGACAAAGGGAAGGCCCUCGAAUUCUUGUUAGAAUCACUUGGGUAUGCCAGUUGUACCGAUGUAUUUCCAGUUUAUAUUGGAGAUGAUCGAACGGAUGAAGAUGCAUUCAAGGUGCUGAGGGAGAGAGGACAAGGUUUCGGUAUUCUAGUUUCCAAAAUUCCAAAAGAUACCAAUGCCUCAUAUUCUUUACAGGAACCAUCUCAGGUAAUGGAUUUUUUACAACGGUUGGUAGAGUGGAAGAGACAGACCUUUAAAAUUACAACUGAAGAUGCAAAGAAGACUUGAAGAGAUAUAUGUACUCCUGCCAAACUAAUUGAAACUUUUUUUUUUUUUUUGGGGGGGUGGGGGCUCAUAUAUGUAUUUUAUUGUUCAAAUAUAAUGAAUGAAAUAACACGACAGAAGGGGGAAAAGGAGCAGAGCCAUUGAAAAAAGAGCCUUGUUUCUUUUCGGCUUUAACGCC